AUGGAAAGAGGAGUCAGUGAAAAAGAAGAUGAUAAUGAGCGAAAACUCAAAGCAAUUCUCUUUCAUCAGGUUGAAGAUAUACCAAAUCAAGCUCCUAAUAUUUUGGAGCAAACGAAAAUGGAGAAGCCAUGCAUAUCCAGUACUUCGCACCAUGGCUCAUAUUGGCUUGGAUCAUGCCAAGUGUCAGGAUGA